AUGAACAUUUUAAAAGCAGAAAUAAUGAAAAAAAGGAAACAAUUGGAAGAAAGCAAUAUAUUGGUAAUAUUUUGCAGUUAAUAUGCAUAAUCUAGAUUUUAAAAACUGUCGUUUCAUUUUAUUGUUUCACAACUGAAUUUUGUUUCACACUGAGCUAAUGUUACAGCAAAAUAACAGAAAAUAUUUUAGAAGAAGCGAAUUAAUAGCAAAGGAUCAAGAAGUGAAAGAAAUACAAGAAAAUAAUGACGAAGACGUUAAAGUUAAUAUAACUCAACAAGAAGAAGACUCUGUAACCGAUGGUAGCUCUGAACAUUUAACACUACCUAGGCAUGAAGUGAUUAGAAGAUUACGCGAAAGAGGUGAACCUGUAUUACUAUUUGGAGAAUCAGAAAUAGAAGCAUUUAAACGAUUAAGGAAAUGUGAAAUUCUUGAACCUGAAGUAAAUAAAGUAGGUACUAAUCAUGAAAAACUGUUUCAAAGAAUGUACAUAUUUUUAAUUUAUGGUUUUAGAAAUGAUUUUCAAGAAGCUAUGGAACAAGUAGAUCAAGCAUAUCUAAAUGAGAUACUAGCUUCUUCUAAACCUCAAAAUCGCGAUGGGAAAGGAGAUGUGAAUGUGCCAGAUGAAGGAGUAACUUACGAAGAUUUGCAAAAAAUGUCUGUAAAAUUAAACAAGGGUGACAGAGAUUUUGACUUAAAUGUCAUUACGCAAUUUAUACAAUUCCUAGUGCAAAUGUGGGGCAAUCAAUUAAAUAGCAGGAGUACUGCUGAAAAAAUGAGUACCAGAGGAAAAAUGGCUAGUGCUACUUAUGCCCAAACAAGAGAAUAUUUAAAGCCCCUUCUUAGGAAAUUAAAAAACAGAUCUCUGCCAGAAGAUAUUACCGAUAGUUUAACCGAUAUUGUAAAACAUUUACUCGAACGUAAUUAUAUAUUGGUAACUAUGGCAAGUGAUGCAUAUUUGCAAAUGGCAAUUGGAAAUUCUCCAUGGCCUAUCGGAGUAACUAUGGUAGGUAUUCAUGCUCGUACAGGAAGAGAAAAAAUUUUCUCGAAGAAUGUGGCGCAUGUAAUGAACGAUGAAACCCAAAGAAAAUAUAUUCAAGCAUUAAAAAGACUAAUGACCAAAUGUCAAGAGUAUUAUCCUACAGAUCCUUCCCGUUGUGUGGAAUAUUCAAAAACAUGA